AUGGAAGCAAUCCUGGAAUUCACAGCCCAGGAGGCUGCUCGGGGCACGAGUUCGCGCCUUGCUUCGUCGAGCACGGCUGUGAAUGGAGAUAAUACGUAUGAGAGGCGUCAGGAGCUCAAUGGAAGAAUGUCUGCCCUUGAUGCAGAACUAAAGGACGUCAAGGAACAAAUUAGCGACCUUCAGGACCUUCAAGCUCAGAUUCUUGCAGAGAAGCAGAACAUUGACCAGGAGCUGAAAACGUUAAACGGAUCACGGUUGUCAGAGGUGAUAGCAUCGUCAUCUGGUAAGGGCAAGGGGAAGGCGCCUUCUGGCGGAGCAAUCAAUUACAUGACGGAGGCUUUCGAAUGGUCAGGGGAACUGAAAGCACGUAUGCGGGAGGUGUUUAGCAUUCAAAGCUUCCGACUUUGUCAGGAAGGAGUCUGUAACGCGAAUAUGGAUGGUCGAGAUAUUGUUUGCAUUAUGCCUACAGGGGGUGGAAAGUCUCUGACGUACCAGCUUCCCGGGCUUCUAAAUCCUGGCUGUACCCUUGUAAUUUCGCCUUUAAUAUCACUAAUCACGGAUCAAAUUCUUCACCUUCACGAAUUCGGAGUUGAGGCAGUUAUGCUAAUGGGCUCAACAUCUAAGGAAGAAUCACGGGACAUAUACUCACGGUUGGCAGCUGCGGCCAAUCCAAAGGCUAAUCGCAAUGGAGCUGUUCUGGAAAUAAAAUUCUGCUAUGUGACACCAGAGAAAAUAGCUAAAAGCAAGUCAUUCACAUCAAUGUUAGAAAAACUAGCAAAUGCUGGAAAGCUGUCGCGAAUUGUUAUUGAUGAAGCCCAUUGUGUUUCGCAGCUUGGACAUGACUUUCGACCCGACUACAAAAAGCUAUCUAUCCUCCGACAGCUGUUUCCACGAGUUCCGAUAUUAGCUUUGUCCGCCACAUGUCCUCCGAAAGUACUGAAGGACUUAUUACUGACUCUACGCCUCAAGCCUGUUGUCAGUGGCACAGCUGCAAGCGCUGAUGGGACAGUUUAUUUCUCUGCUCCGCUAUACCGCAAAAACCUGCAUUACCGAGUGGUACCUAAACCAUCAUCUUCAAAUGGACUGAUAAAAGCGAUGUCAGACUACAUACUAAAUCAUCAUCAAAAUGACAGUGGAAUCGUGUACUGUAUGAGUAAAAAGGAUACAGAGGCCGUCGCGGAAGGACUGUCAAAGGAAAGUGGCGGUAAAAUUCGCACUGGCGUAUAUCAUGCGGAUAUACACGACCGUGAUAAGGCGAAUCUCCAUGAAAGAUGGCGAAGGGGCGAAGUGAAGGUGGUAUGUGCUACUAUCGCUUUCGGACUUGGAAUCGACAAAGGAGACGUGCGCUUCGUAUUGCAUCAUUCAAAAUCUUUGGAAGGUUACUACCAGGAAUCGGGAAGAGCAGGCCGUGAUGGAAGGGAUUCUGAUUGCCUACUCUAUUUCCGCCCGCAGGAUGCCUCACGACUUAGUGCUCUGGUAUGUGGUGAGCUUGAGGGGCAAGGAAAACUGCGGGACAUACUUCGGUUCGCAGUGGAUGUGGAGGAAUGCAGGAAGCUCCAAUUCGCGAGAUACUUUUCGACCUCCGCGUCUCUAUCCAUGAGUGCAUGGGGAACGGCAGAGACCGAUGCGCAUGCUAGAUGUGGGCACUGUGAUAACUGCACUCGACCACCUGAAAGCGUAGAACGGCGUGAUGUGACGUUCCUGGCGUGGCAAAUCCUCCGUGUCGUGCAAGCUGUUGAGCAAGGCACUGGUCGAGUUACACUCGGAAUGCUGGCAGAUCUUGUUCGCGGCGCUGGGGGCGGCGCGUUUGGCGUGGCUUCCGGGAAACGUGGGCGAGGAAAAGCCAAAGAUGGACUAAAGGAAAAGGUCGAACUGGACUUGGAGGAGCUUUCUGGAGGGAAAGUGUCACUUGGGAAGGACGACACGGAAUUUCUGAUCCUGCACUUGCUGCUAUCCGGUCAUCUGAAAGAGUCAUUCCACAGCACGGCGUAUUCAAUCAACGUAUACGUCACCUCUGGACCAGGCGCCUUACGCCUUGCACGGUACUCGAAAGAAGAUGUGGAGUCAGGCAGAGGACAAAGGAUUGAGGUCGCUUUCCUGAAGAAAGGGAAGGAAGCGGGGAAGAAGAAUGACAAAUGUAACAAAACAGGAGGCAGAGAAGCUUCCAGAAUUCUCUCAGGCGGGGCGAAGGGUAAGAAGCGAAAAAGGGGCGAAGAGAGUUCGGAUGAUGAAUAUUGGCAAGACCAUGAACACAUUGGACAGGAUAAUGCUACGAUGAGCCUCUACGCCGAUGGUGAUGACCUUACACCGGAGCCUGAUGUGCGGGAAGCCGAGAAGACGAGUGCAUUGUACCGUGCACCUCAGAACGGGACCGCGGCGAGACGCCAUUCUCAAAUCGCUGAGGCAAACGAUAGAGAGGGAUGGUCUUUCAAUAUGGGAGAGCAUGCAUCUUCCAGUACUGGUUCAUCAUCCACUGGUCGUCCUCAAGCAAGAUUCAAACCGAGCGUAGCUCCUCAGGUGAAAGCAGCUAAUAGGACAGUCUCGAGUAACAACGAAGUAAUAGCGCGAACCCCGCUUACAAAAUUCAAGAAACCACUAGAUGACGACGUGAUCGAAAUAAUAUCGGAUUCGGAAUAG